AUGUCGACUCAGGCAGUGUUCGCAAACGCUUGGAACCGACCGCAAGCCCGCAAAGGGCCCAACGUUCCCUAUCAAAACGAUGCAGGCUCGAACCCCGUGCUUCGGGGCUAUGCCUUGGCUGCAGUCUCGAGAAUUGUCGCUUCGUCUGCGUGGAUCCAGAGCGUCCUGUGGAAACUCAACAAGUUCGAUAAGCUCAAAGACACCGCUGGCAUUGACCAGUACGAGAUCCGCCUCGAUCCCACGGUCAUCCCUAUCUCCUCGCCUUCUGAAAGUGCGGCACCCUUGACCGACCUACCGGCACCUCCCCCUCGAGCCUCUUCAAUCAACUACUACACUUGCGCCGACUUUCAUGAACUGUACAAGUCUGGCACAGUCACUCCUUCAGAUGUCGUGGAGCAUCUGUUGCCUCUGAUCCGACGUGAUGUUGAACCGGCAGGUCCAUAUUCCGUCGCCUUCAUCGACUCUAAAGUAGACAUUGUCCGGGCAGCUGCGAAAGCAUCGACGGACAGGUAUCGGGCGGGCAAACCACUGAGCAUGCUCGACGGGGUGCCGUUGACCGUGAAAGACGAAGUCCAUUUGAAGGGAUACAAAAGGACCCUGGGAACAAAGCUGGAUUUCUCGGACCCGGGAGACAGGACAGCUUGGUGUGUCGAGAAAUGGCAGGAGGCCGGCGCCGUGAUCAUUGGCAAGACCAACAUGCACGAAGCUGGCCUUGACACAACCAACAACAACCCUAACUGGGGCACGCCUUUGAACCCUCACAACAACAACUAUUACACCGGCGGCAGCUCAGGCGGUUCAGCAUUUGCUGUCGCCUCGGGCAUUUGUCCCAUUGCACUGGGAGUGGACGGUGGUGGUUCUAUCCGUCUGCCCUCAGCCUUCUGUGGCAUCUACGGCCUGAAGCCGACCCACGGCCGGGUCUCUUCGAGAGUUGAUCAUGAAUGGACAGAUAGCGUCGUGGUCAAUGGCCCCAUGGCUAGCAACAUCGACGACCUCGCCCUGGGCUAUCGCAUCAUGGCUCAACCAGACUCCUUUGCGAGACGGAGCUCUCGAUUUCCCAAUCCUCUAGUCACGAAUGAAUCAUUAUCAGGCCUGCCCAAGGGACGGAAAUAUCUAGGCAUUGAUCGUGUUUGGAUUAAUCGGUCCGAUCCGGUCGUCCUUGACAUGUUCAAUGCUGCGGUUGAACGCUACACUAAAGUCCAUGGCUACGAAGUUGUCGACAUUUCGAUCCCCCUUCUCCCACAAGGUCAAAAAGCCCAUGCCCUGACGAUUCUAUCUGAGACUCGCAGCCAAUAUAGCACUGACAAGAUCAAGCAGCUAACAUGGCAUAAUCAACUCCUGCUCAAUGUGGCCGGGAGUCAUGCCACGGCACAAGAUUUCAUUUUCUCUCAAAAGCUACGCAAUCUUCUGAUGUGUCAUCUCGCCUGGUUGUGGGAAGAGUACCCCGGACUGCUGGUCCUGACGCCUACAACGCCCUGCGCGGGCUGGAAAAUCGGCAAGCCCAGCGAUGUCACCAGCGGAUACGGUGUCAGUGAUGGAGACAUGAGCUUGAGGUCCAUGGAAUAUGUCUAUAUGGCGAACUUUACCGGCGCCCCGGCCAUUACUUGUCCUAUGGGCUACACUGACGCGGGUGUCCCUGUUGGGCUGAUGGCCAUGGGAGAAUGGGGCAGCGAGGAACAGCUGAUUGCUUUUGGCAAGGAAGGCGAAUCGUUACUGGCGAGCGAAGGAGGCGUUCGGCGGCCGAAGGGCGACAAGAAGUGGAUUGAUGUCCUCGCGGUGCAGAAGGUUGUUGAAUAA